GUUUUACGCUCAGCUACUUCGAAAAUGACUUCCUCCAAUUCGAACGAGAUUCAGGAUAUUGAGGCCAUCUUGAAAGGCGAAGAAUCCCUGAUGACCAGAGAACAAGAGGUCGAAAGAGUCAUUGCCGCAUUCAAACUAAAUCCCUACGACGUUUUGGAUCUUGACAUGACCAAUCCGACAACAGUAACAGAUGCAGACAUCCGAAAAUCUUACCGCAAGCGCUCUUUACUCAUUCAUCCUGAUAAGUUAUCUCAUCCGCGUGGUCCCGAAGCCUUUGACCUGCUGAAAAAAGCUGAAAGCUUCUUGUUAGACCCAGAAAAACGAAAAGGUUUAGAUGAGACAAUACGGGACGCUAGGAUGCUUACCCUACGAGCCUUGAGCCUACCAGAAACAACGCCUAAUGACCACGAGCGCCUGAAGAAAUUGGACCCUCCAUUCUUUUUUCGAGUUGCAUUGAAGACCAAAGAGAUCAUCAUUGAAGAAGAGUUGCGAGUUCGAAGAGCUCGGAAAAUGACCAUGAUUGCCGAAGGUACUGAAGCCAAAAGGCAAGAAGACGCUAUCACCAAACGUAAACGGGAGCUAGAAGACAAGAAGCGAUGGGAGGAAACCCGAGAGGCGCGUGUAACGGACUGGCGAAGUUUUCAGAAAGGUGAAAGUUCAGGAAAAAAGAAAAAGAAAACUAAAUUGGAAGUUUUAGGAUAA